AGCGUGGCUACAGACAUACUGAUCAUUGCAAUAGACGUCAUUCUCGGCAAUUUCCGUCGAUAACAGUACACCACGUUCCGAGAAACCAUGGCUAUGGACGCCAAAGAGAUCGAACUCAAGACGAAGGCCUUGACCAAGGCCGCUACUCAAAAUGAGCCCGCGGCUAACAUUCUGGCGCUCCUCAAGGAGCUCCAGAAGGGAGUGAAGGCUUCAGAGGAUCUGCUGCGGUCGACCCGGGUGGGAAUUAUCGUCAACAAGUUCAAGCAGCACAAGUCGGCCGACGUCGCCCGUCUAUCCAGCGAAAUCGUUUCCAAAUGGCGCAAUGAAGUCAACAAACAGAAGGCCAGCGGAUCACCAGCAACAGCCAGUCAGCGGUCGAGCGGAUCGCCGCGACCGGCCCGUAACGGCACAGCAUCACCGGCGGCCGCUACGCCUUCGGAUAAAACAUCUAAGCUGUCCGUGCCACCGGACAAGAGAACAUGGAAGGCGGACAAGGUGGAUAUUAACCAGACCUCAAACCGAAUCCGUGAUAGCUGUAUCGGACUUAUGUAUGAUGGUCUGUGCCUCGGCUCGACAGAGAUGCCUCGCGCGGUGCUAGCCAAGGCAUCGGCCGUGGAGGCGGCCGCGUACAAUACCCUGGGACCUGAGACCAAGGAACAAUACCGUACCAAAAUGCGCAGUCUGUUCCAAAACCUGAAGAACAAGUCGAACCCAACUCUCCGUACACGCGUGCUCAACAACGAUGUGUCGGCAGAAGACUUUGUGCGGAUGAGCCACGAUGAGCUCAUGUCGGCCGAGCAGCGCGAGAAGGAACAGAGAAUCAAGAAGGAAAACAUGGACAAGGCCAUGGUUGCACAGGCAGAGCGCAGUAUCAGUACCAGUCUGCAGUGCGGCAAGUGUGGCCAGCGCAAGGUCACCUACACCGAAGCGCAAACCCGCAGUGCUGAUGAACCGAUGACAUUGUUCUGCACUUGCUUGAACUGUGGAAAGUCAUGGCGACAGUAGUUUUACCUUUCUUCACUGUUUUACUUUUAUUUUUCUUUCCCUUUUUUUCCCUAUGUAUCAUCGAGAUUUAGGCUACUGCCACCAGGCAUGGAGUUUCGUGGAUUACUUAAAAGACGGCCUUGCUUUCUCUGGGGAGUUGACCCAGGGUUUUUUUUAUUUCAGAAGCGCAGA